AUGGCAACCAUCGCCCGCCCAGAACAAUGGAUGAAUACCUCCGGGGAGACAACCCCGGUAUGGGUGCAUAAAAUGCCCUUCUCCAAAUACCCCCGCUUUGAGACAUUGUCGCACGACAUCAAAACCGACGUCUGCGUUGUCGGCUCCGGAAUCGCGGGUAUAUCUACUGCCUAUGAGCUCAUCACUCGCGGCAAGAAGGUGACGAUGAUCGAGGCCCGGAAUGUGCUCUCGGGAGAGAGUGGAAGAACCAGCGGCCAUUUGUCGAAUGCCUUGGAUGAUGGCUAUAGUGCGAUCGCGAAGAAGCACGGAAGGGACGGAGCCAAACUCGCGGCCGAUAGUCACACCUGGGCUAUUGAUCGCGCGGCGGAUAUUGUCAAGAAGCUGAAAUUGGAUUGCGAGUUUAGGUAUUUGCCGGCGAUUGAGAUCUCGCAGUACCCUCGUGGAGAUCCGAAGCAUGAUAAGGAGGUGGGUGUUAUGCGGGAGGAAGGGUGGGAUGGGGAAAUCGAUCAGCGUGAUGGGGCUUUGUUCACUGGGCAGGGAACGUUCCAUCCGACCAAGUAUAUGGUUGGUAUGCUGGAGUGGCUGAGGAACCAUCCGAACUUCCAGUGCUUCACGCAUACGCGGAUGGCGUCUGUCGAAGAGAACGAUCUUGUUCAGGUGCGCACGGCUAAUGGCAAUACCAUUACGGCCAAAGAUGUGGUUCAGGCGACCUGUGUUCCCAUCCAGAAGCUGAGCGUCAUUGCCGAAAUGGAAUAUAUGCGGACAUACUGUAUUGCCAUCCGAGUCCCUAAGAAUUAUAUCGAGGACUGCCUUAUCUACGACCAAGCGGACGCAUACAAGUAUAUCCGCUUCACGGACUGCGACGAGAACGACGACUACCUGGUUAUCGGCGGCUGCGAUCACAAAGUGGGCCAGGAUCAAGUAGAGGGUCGCUUCCAAGAGCUGGAAACAUGGGUGCGGGAGCGAUUCACCAAGGCCGGCUCCGUUGACUAUAAAUGGAGCGGCCAGAUCUUUGAGCCAGUAGACUACAUGGCCUUCAUCGGAAAGAACCAAGGAAUGAACCACACCUAUGUUGUCACUGGCGAUAGCGGAAACGGUCUCACCCAUGGUAUACUGGCAGGAAAGCUGAUUGCAGACGAGAUUGAAGGCGUCCAGAACCCGUGGGCAAGCCUUUACAAUCCCGAGCGACUAACAAGUAUCGCCAAAUCACUUGGAAGCAUGCUUCAGCAUGACAUACAAAUCAACACCCAAUACAAGCGCUACCUGCAAACCGACAUUAAAGAUAUCGAAGAUCUCGCGGUGGGAAGUGGUGGUGUACUUAACAAGGCCGACCUAUCAGCACCGAUGGCCGUUUACAAAGACGAGGGAGGUCAAACGCAUCGCUUCAGCGCUAUCUGCCCUCAUAUGAAAGCGGUGCUUAGUUGGAACGCCGCAGAGAAGAGCUGGGAUUGUCCGGUUCACGGAAGUCGAUUUAGCUGCGACGGUGUCUGCGUUGAGGGUCCAGCCAAGUCGAACCUGACGCCCUUGGAUGACUUUUCGAAAACCAAACAGCAGGAGCAAGAAGCAUUGUAA